CCGCUAUCUGAGAGCACCACACAUUAAAUGCAAACUCAUGGGACAUUCCACACUCUAAUAAGCAAAGUGGCCCGGCUGAGUCUCGCGCUAUCUCAGACGUCGCGUAACAAAGCCCAACCUCGCAAUGACGCGUGCGCGCAGUAUCUCCUGGGCUGUCGUUGGGUGCCUAGCCUCCUGGGCCGCUCCAGGGUGCGUCGACACGACGCCACGCGCACCGCCCGUCGCCGCGAACGCCGACCCGCGCAGCGGCAUCACGUUACCACGCGAGUGGCCGCCGCGCGACACCGAAUUCAUAAACCGCGUCGCGAGCGACCCGCCGCAAGCGCCGCGGGCGCCUGAUACGCCGCCGUACUGCUCACUUCCGGGCGUCCGCCGGGUCGACGGCGGCAGGCAGCUUUUUGUUGACGACUACCUCGUCGACUGGGCCCGCACGCGCAACGUCACGCGGACCUGGGGCCGCCUGCGUCUCAAGAACCCCGCCGUAUUGACGCCGAACCAGGGCAUGGACGCGUCGUGCCACCAGGCCCGGUGCAAGGGCAUGCGCACGGCGCGGCCGUUUGGGGGCGGAUCAUUGUACGACCCAGCGCGGCGGCGGCUCCUCCUCUGGUACCGGUGCGGCUGGCGCGGCGGGCCCUACCACGGGGUCCCGGGCGGCCGGACCUGCGUGGCGACGUCCCGGGACGGCCUCCGCUUCGAGCGGCCGAAGCUCGCGACGAGCUUCUCGCCCGCGCCCGACCGGCGAGCGCUGCGGCCGCGCUCGCCGAAAGUCGUGCGCCCCGCGCGCGGGACGAACGUGGUCCUCGCGACGGCGCACGUCGAGGCCUUCGAGGUGGCCUACGACUUUUUGAGGACGCCGCCGCGCUUCGUGGCGUUGCGCAUGGAGUACAUGACGGGCGGGCGGCGCUACCGCGAGUACACGCCCUACGUGUCCGCGGACGGCCUCGCGUGGACGAACCCGAAGGGCGACGGUUGGCGGAGCCCGGGCGUGCUCGCGGACCGCUCGACGUUCUUCCUGAACCCGCUCCGACGGGAUCCAGUCUGGGCGUUCAGCCUGCGCGAGAACCUGUGCCGCGGCGGGCCGUCGCGCCACAUGCGGGCGCGGCGCCUCUUCGAGGCGCCCCACGCCGAAGCGCCCCUGCGACGGAUCGCGAUGCGCGGCGGCCGGCCCCUCUACGGCGCCUACUUCCAGUGCGAGCCGCUGCUCGAGGGCGACGCGGCGGUGCCCUGCUGUGUGUCAACCAGUGAGUUAGGUUAUCCUGAGAAAUAUUGCGUGGACCUUCGUGAGCCUCCACGCCAUCGAGCCGACGCGGUCACGGGGACAGCAUCGCGUCGAUGGCGUGGGGCGCCCGAAAUUUGAUUUCCACACAGGUGCCCUGGUUCGCCGUCGACCGCGACGACUGCGCCUUCGAGCAGUGCGACGUGUACAACGUGGACGGCGUCGCCUACGAGUCAAUCCUCGUCCACGGGCUCGCGCUCCUCCACGGCCCGGCCGUGGGCGGCGAACUGAAGAACAACUCGGCCCACGUGGGCUUUUCGCGCGACGGGUUUCACAUCACUCGGCCGGACGAUCGACGGCCGUUUCUGGACGUGCCCGAGGGCUGGUGGAACGUGCAGCUCGCCUCGGGCUCGCCCAUCGUCGCCGGCCUCGGGUCGCGCGAAGAAAGGCUCUAUUUUUACGUGGGGUACGGGUUCGGGAAGGGCGGCGGGAAAAGCGUCUACAAGGACUACGAGGAGCGCACGGCAUUGGCCACCUUGAGACGGGACGGGUUCGCGCGCCUCCAAGCGACGAACGGCACCGCGACGACGCGACCGCUCGCGUUCUCUUUCGUAUCAGGGCCCCGUUACCUCUGGGUCAACGUCUGUGUGAAAAAUCAACCAGUGAGUUAGUUUCCACGUCAUCGAGCCGACGCAGGAAUGGAGGCAACAUCGCGUCGAUGGCGUGGAAUCGCCACGCCAUCGCGGAGACGCAGCUACGGGGACGACGUCGCGUCGAUGGCGUGGGGCGUCCGAAAUUUGAUUUCCACACAGGUCAACGCCGACGUCAAGGGUGGUCUCAAAGUGCGCGUGCUCAGCGACGCCGGAGCGCCGCUCUGCGGGCGCGCCGCAAAUAUCACGGGCCCGGCGGACGCGACGCGCCGGCGCCUCCUCCUGGUGUCCGAUCUGGCGGAGCGCGCUAUACGGUUCGAGUUUCGCCUGGAGGACGCGGCUUUAUACGCGUUCUGGGUCGCGGGGCCCGAUGGCAAGAGCGGUGGGUUCCUCGCCGGUGGCGCGCUCGGCCACGGGAGCCUCGUGGACGAGUGACGCUCCGUCGUUGUCGGGGCCUGGCCUGGUCCGAUGGCGUCCGCCACAGAUCGCAGUGGGCCAUGUGAUCGACGCGUCAUCUUGCCGACCUCGACUAUUAUUAUUCCACUGGCAACUUGAGUCAUGUCGUUUCUUUCUUUUGCUUUUCCCGAGUUAAGCCAGUGUAUCAUUUAUGACUGUAGUAGGGCAAUUCGCACCUGGCGCCUAGUACCCACGUCUUUCGCGAAGGGCCUUGCAUUCAAACAACGUGUGUUGGAGAAUGCUCAGAAUGGGCAACUUCACGACGGCGUCUCGCCGCGAAUGUGACCCCUCCCCACCAGCCCGG